UUGUUUUUAGGGCUAGCUUUAAACGAUUUAAAAAACAAAAAGCAGGGGAAAAAAUAGCCGUGAGAGGAAAGGGUUUGUGGAGAAAGAUAAGCAGACCUUUUGUCCGGCCGAAGUCAGCGUAAUUUAAGGGAAUAUUAUAUAGCUGCGGCAGUCUCGGCGCCUAAUGCUGUUUUGACUGUAAAGGCAAUGGCGAGGCGCCAGGUCCUGGCCUUGGAUGUGGAUUCGGGGCCAGGACGCACCCCGGUACACCAUUACCUUUCACACGGCCACUUAACAGGCACCCCGCGUUCCUAAACACCGAGACCCCGCCCGCCACGGAACGCGACCGGCCCGCGUUCGGAACCGCGCGCGAAUCCAUUUCCGGCGAAAUCUAAAACUGGACGCGGGCUUUUGUUUACUUAGGCCAGUGUCGUCGGGCGGCGCCACCCCGGUCGCGUGGCUCAGCGGCGACCCAGGGUUCGCCCGGGCCCAUGCCGGGGAGGGCGUUCAAAGCGUCCGAAGAGUAACAAAGCGAAGCCAGCCGCGGUCGGCGGGCAACCGCAGGGGCCGCCCCAGGGCGGGCGACGCGAGGCAGGAAGUGCCGGGCACCCGCCUGCCCUCCGGCCUUCUAUCCUCCCGGCGUUCCCUCCGCGGCUCGGCGCCGCAAAGCAUCCUGGGAGGAACGGCUCGCACCGGAAGUUCGCGCGUACGUGCGGCGGCGGCGAGGUUAUAAAAGCCCGGACGCCGGCGGCAGGCGGAAGUGGGCGGUUCGGCUGCUCCCAGCGUUGUUGUUGGGUGUUGCGGCCUCUCGAGGGGCGUUCUCUGGAGGGCCGUCGGUGUAGGCCGCAGUGACAGGGCCACUGGCCUCCGCGCACCCUGCUCCUGCCUGUGCAGCGUCCGCUCGCUCGCGCCCUCCCUUCCCGUCCUGCAGGCCCAACAUGGCGCAGGAGGUGUCGGAGUACCUGAGCCAGAACCCGCGGGCAGCCGCCUGGGUGGAGGCCCUGCGCUGCGAGGGCGAGACUGACAAACACUGGCGCCACCGCCGGGAGUUUCUGCUCCGCAACGCCGGAGACCUGGCCCCGGCCGGCGGCGCGGGCCCUGGGACCGAGGAAGCUGCCGAAGCCGAGGGCGGCACUCGCAAUCGGCAGCUGCAGCAGCUCAUCUCGUUUUCCAUGGCCUGGGCAAACCACGUUUUCCUCGGGUGCCGGUAUCCUCAAAAAGUUAUGGAUAAAAUUCUUAGUAUGGCUGAAGGCAUCAAAGUGACAGAUGCUCCAAUCCAUACAACAAGAGACGAACUGGUUGCCAAGGUGAAGAAAAGAGGGAUAUCGAGUAGCAAUGAAGGGGUAGAAGAGCCAUCCAAAAAACGAGUCAUAGAAGGAAAAAAUAAUUCUGCAGUUGAGCGAGAUCAUGGAAAAGUUUCUGCCAAAACAGAACGUUCAUCAGCUCAACAGGAAAACAGUUCAAGCAUGGGGUCAUCGGCCAAAUCAGAGAGUAGUGGAAGCUCAGCUCGGAGCUCUGCCACCUCCAGUCAGUGUAGCUCUGCAAGUGAUGGAGAUCGGUCUGUUACCAGCAAAAGUGGGAGCAGCAUUUCCUCUCAGGUAACAGCGGCAGGUUCUGGAAAAGCUGAACCAGAAACUCCAGAUAAACAUGGUUCCGCAUCAUUUGUUUCUUCAUUGUUGAAAUCCAGUGUGAAUAGUCAUGGGACCCAGUCCACUGAUUCCAGACAGCAAAGUGGAUCACCUAAAAAAUGUGCUUUGGAAGGUUCAUCACUCUCAGCCUCUCAGAGCAGCUCAGAGAUUGAGGUGCCCCUUUUGGGUUCCUCAGGAAGUUCAGAAGUAGAAUUGCCAUUAUUGUCUUCUAAACCUAGUUCAGAGACAGUGCCGAGUGGGUUAACUUCCAAAACUAGUUCAGAGGCAAGUGUUUCAUUAUCAGUUUCUAAAAACAGUUCCUCAACAGGUACAUCAUUACUAACUCCCAAGAGCAGCUCAACAAAUCCAUCACUGCUAACCUCCAAAAGCACUUCCCAGGUAGCUGCAUCACUGUUAGCUUCCAAAAGCAGCUCCCAGACCAGUGGGUCUCUGAUUUCCAAAAGCACUUCCUUAGCAAGUGUGUCCCAGCUAGCCUCCAAGAGCAGUACUCAGAGUAGCAGUUCACAGUUGCCUUCUAAAAGUACUUCACAGUCAAGUGACAGUCCCAUCAAAUUCACUUGUUGCAAGUUAACUAAUGAAGAUGUCAAACAGAAGCAGCCCUUCUUCAAUAGGCUGUAUAAAACAGUUGCAUGGAAGUUAGUAGCAGUUGGUGGCUUUAGUCCCAAUGUGAACCAUGGAGAGCUCCUAAAUGCAGCUAUUGAGGCUCUGAAAGCAACACUCGAUGUCUUUUUUGUUCCAUUAAAAGAACUGGCAGAUCUGCCUCAAAAUAAGAGCUCUCAAGAAAGUAUUGUUUGUGAAUUAAGGUGUAAGUCUGUGUAUUUGGGCACUGGCUGUGGAAAAAGCAAAGAAAAUGCAAAAGCAGUGGCAUCAAGAGAAGCACUGAAGUUAUUCCUCAAGAAGAAAGUGGUGGUAAAAAUAUGUAAAAGGAAAUACAGAGGCAGUGAAAUAGAAGAUCUGGUACUCCUUGAUGAAGAAUCAAGACCUGUUAAUUUACCUCCAGCAUUAAAACAUCCUCAAGAAUUAGUAUAAUAUGUCCAAAAUGUCACUGCUUACAGUAUCUGGUAUUUGAAGAGAAAAACUGGCUUUUGUACAAUAUAAAACAUAGGCUUUCACAAAUUUUGUAUUGCUUUUUUCCAGUUUUGCAGAAAAUUUACAUUCUAGUUGUCUUCACAAAAGUAGAAAUUGUAAAUAAUUUGUGAAUGACAGUAUACAUUAAAAGGUAUGCAUUAACAGCAUACCAGUAUGUUCUAUUUGCUGAAGAAAAUACUGUCUUCUAUUUUUAAUGAUACAUUAGGUACGAUAUGUAGUUCUGUAGAAUCUUAAAAUUUUUGUAAUACUUUCAAUUUGGUGAAGAUGUAUUAAGUUGUCUACCAUGCUUUUUUUCUAGCUGAAUAAACCACAUCAAAGAAAAGGGGGACCACAGUAUUUGAAAGUCUGUAAAACUGAUUUUAAGAAUGUUGCCCAUAAUAUUGAGUAUGUCUGUUAAAGAAUAAAAGGAAAAAUAGUUGCCUCAGACUAUUUUUAUGAGAAGCAUUUUUAAGAUAGAAAGCAGUGUAAAGUACUUGUUAUUUUAUUCUGAAGUUGUUUAAAAUUCAUGAUUUUCAUGCUGAUUCUUUAAGCUGAUUAACUUAUGUUUUGAGGUAAAAAGGCAAUUUACACAUUUUCUCAAUGACAUAAAUGUGGGUUUCUAUAUUAAGCAUAUUUUGUGACUACUGUUAACAGAUUGAUUUGUUUAGAUAUUAAACGCUUUAAGCUAUUUUACCUUUCAA